AUGUAUCCUACUCCCGUCCCAACCUCUUCGACCCAUAUUAUGUCCUCCUCGCCUCCUGCCGCUCGCCAAACUGCCCGUCGUAUCUUUUCAACCGCCUCCGAACGAGCUCCCUUGUCGACCGUGCCGGAACUGAUGCUGCCGGAUAAUGGAGAACCGCUCCUGAUGGGUCGAUCAAGUGCUUCGUGCCAGCAUCAGCUAGCCAACAGCCGCAUGAUUUCUCGUGUUCAUGUAAAGGCUACUUACAAACCGGCACCGAACCCCUUCGACCGGGAUAGAGUGGAGAUUAUGUGCAUGGGAUGGAACGGGAUUAAGAUCCAUUGCCAGGGAAAGAAAUAUGAUUUGGCUAAAGGGAAAACAUUUACCUCGGAUAUCAAGGAUGCUGAUAUCAUGAUUGAUGUUCAUGAGUCUCGCGUGCUGGUGCAAUGGCCUCGGAAUGAUAAUGAGCAUGAUCGGAAGGACUGCCCAUCCACCGACUCUGAACAGACCUGUGAUGAAGCAACCCCAACCCAAAGGAGACCUCUUCGUGCUCUGCAAGAUAGCCCUUUCCGGGAGAACCAGCGUUUGGCUUCGCCUGUCUCUCCGUCUCCUGCAGUGCAGCGGACUAUCCCGCCGUCCUCGCCGCUAUUCUCUCCCUCGCGUACCAGAGCCCCCGUUGUUGUAUAUGAAGAUCAAGGAUCGCCAUUGAAGCGUCACAAUACCGUUGCUGGCAUCACUUCCCCCAGUGCUCGUCAUGCCAGUGUACUCCUGCAAAGGUUCCAGGGUAGCGACCUGGGUCGACAUGAGGAGGAGUCUGAUGGAGAGAACGAUGAGGAGAAUGACCCUAUUAUCCACUCCUUUGGACCUUUUGGCGAGAAUCUCCUGCCACGCAUGGCCUCUUUCCAUGCCGGCGAUUCGCCCGUUCGCUCGGCCCGCUCCCCAAGCAGCUUGCUGCCGGCCCAACCUCUCCAGCCAGCCCUGUCCCCCAAUCAGUCUUCCCACUAUCACAAGCGUGACAAGUCUGACGAAUACGUCAACCCCUCAAUGGAUGAGGAGAGCAUCACUAGAAUCCGCAACCACGCUGCCAACCAGCUCGCCUUCUCCCGUCUAGCCUCCACACCUUUCUCCACAAUCCUGAACAACUUCCCUCCCGAUAUUCGAAAGUCUGUUGGAUCACCUACCGGCCCCUCAAGAGUCGAGAUUCGCUCUAUCUUGGAAAACACCGACAUCAUUGGACAGGUAUCUCGCCAGGGCAAGGACGCCGCUGGCAAACCCCUCGAAGCGGAAUACUACUAUGUGCCGGACUUUGACCAUGAUCCCACGCGCCUGGAGGCGCAUAAGAUGGGCAAACCCGGCCUGCGUAACUGUCGCAAGCAGCACAAGCAAUAUUUCUGGCGCAAGCCGAAAUAA